AUGACCUCAUUGCCUAGUCCUACGUUCCUGUCGCUCGAAAAGAAGCGUGCAAGGGAUCGCCGUGCGCAGAGAAACUUUCGCCACAGAAAAAAUGCCCAUAUUUCCAUGCUCGAGAGCGAGCUAAGCGCGUGCAGAGAACAGAUGAUGAGCUAUCAGGCUCGCAUUCGAGAUCUCGAAAGUACCUGUUCCCAACUUGGUGAGCAGAACGUACAGCUGCUUAAACAGCAUCCGCAAGAUGGGGUUGUCAGGUGCUCGUGGCAGACAGAUGUCCUGUAUCCGAAUACUCAUACCAAUUCUUCGCUUUCUAUGAAUGUGGAACUCGUUCAGCGCCCGCCGCAUGAUACGUCCCAGUCUUCGGAUACAAUUUCUCGCCGACUUCCAACCUCGCGAGCCACCAAGGCUCUUUCACCCAGCUCGUGUUAUCAGUCUGCAACGGACGAGACUGGACAUGCUUUACCCAGUGUCGCUCGCAGACCAUCUCAAGAUGCUAUUGCCCCUCCAUGGAGUCUUACUCCCCCGCAAGGUCGUUUCAUGUGGGACGUUUUGCCCACACACUCACCUUGGGGUGGAGAUUUGCGAAUGGCGCUGGAAUCCCCGGAUUUUCCAUCUCCGCUCGAGUUAUUGUACGGUUCCAGGACAAACAAACUCGCCAAUAUCAUUCAUGAUAAUACACGCCUGUGGAGGUGCCGUGAACCUGAACGUUUGGCCGGCGGCUGGCUUGCUUAUGCUUUUGCAAAGUGGAUGGCGGAACCUAGCAAGCCUCGGUUUGAGCGUCUGCCUGAAUUUCUUAGACCGGUGCCCGAGCAGCUUAGACACGCACAUCCCGUAUGUAUAGACGGCGUCGUCUUUCGUCAAUUACGCAUCAACUUGAUAUACAAGCCACACCUGUACGAUCUUGAUGAGGUGUUGGGUAUGUUAAGCUGCUGCCUCAAGGUGCGCUGGCCUUGGGGUAAAAACUUUUUAACACCCAGUGAUGGCGCCGAGCUACAUAUUUUGCCAGAAUUCUACAACACGUUUAUGUCUCUUGAUGGGUGGGGGUUAACUGAAGAAUUUAUACAUGAGUAUCCAGAGCUCUUAGACCAAAUGGACGUUCAAAAUGUACAUUAUGAGGUGGCGUGA